UCAGACUUCACCCCUCUCUCUCUCUACAUUUUGUAUCUCUUUCUCUCUCUAAACAGAUAUACACCUCUCCAAUAGUUGAUUGUUGAUUAUAUGGACAAGGGAUGGGGUCUGACUCUCGAUUCUGAUCCAAAUAGUUUCUUCGUAAACAAGCAGGCCACUCUCAGUUUAACACCAAGGUUGAAACAGACCAAAUUGCUUUCCGGUAUCCAAUUCCCGAUGAAUCUUAACUACAGGGAAGACCAAGCUACUUCCUUAUCCUCUGAUGAGAAUCGGAUGGUCGUGGAUGAAGUUGACUUCUUUUCAGAUAAGAAUAAGAUCAAUGAGACCACUAGUACUAUUAGUGUCAAGAGGGAAAAUUCAGAUGUCAAAGAAGGCGCUCCAAAGAAUAGCUUCGAUGUAAAUACUGGUUUGCACCUUCUUACUGCUAACGCUAGAAGUGAUCAAUCCAUAUCAUCGGAUGCAGAAGAAAAGCGAGCUAAAAGUACUAAGCUGGCACAAAUGCACGUUGAGCUUGAAAGUAUGAAUGCCGAAAAUCAGAGGUUGAGAGAGAUACUUAGUGAAGUUAGCAACAAUUACAGUACCCUACAGACGCAUUUCGUGACAUUGACGCAACAGCAGAAAAGUUUGAGAGCCGAAAAUAAACAUGGACUUGAGAUGGUAGAAGGAAAAUCAGAAGAUAAGAAACAUGAAGCUGGAGGAGCAAUGAUGGCAAGACAGUUUUUGGAUUUAGGCCCUAGUGCAACAAUUCAAACGGUCGACCAAACAUCUCAUUCUUCAUCAGAAGAAAGAACGGUUGAUCAAUCAGGGUCACUUCAGGUCAAGGCCAAUGGCAGGGAUGGAAAAGUAAUCUGUCGAGAAGACAGCCUGGAAUCGGAAAGUUGGGUCCCUAAUAAGGUACCCAAAUUGAACACUAGUACUUCUAACACCAUCAGUCAACCAACGGAGGCUACUACCAUGAGGAAAGCGCGUGUCUCAGUUCGAGCCCGGUCAGAAGCACCCAUGAUCACUGAUGGAUGCCAAUGGCGAAAAUAUGGACAAAAGAUGGCAAAAGGUAACCCAUGUCCUCGAGCUUAUUAUAGGUGCACCAUGGCAGUUGGUUGUCCAGUUCGCAAACAAGUUCAAAGAUGUGCCGAUGACCGAACAAUCCUAAUAACAACUUAUGAAGGUACCCAUAAUCAUCCACUCCCACCAGCUGCCAUGGCCAUGGCGUCAACCACCUCAGCAGCUGCAACUAUGCUGCUCUCGGGGUCCAUGUCAAGCGCAGAAGGGCUAAUGAACCCAAAUUUCCUAGCCAGAGCAGUCCUCCCUUGCUCGUCAAGCAUGGCAACAAUUUCAGCUUCAGCACCAUUUCCAACUGUGACAUUAGACCUUACCCAGAGUCCAAACCCAUUACAGUUGGAAAAAUCUCCUAACCAAUUUCAACUACCCUUUUCAACUCCACAACUGCCUCAAGUACUAGGCCAAGCCCUCUACAACCAAUCCAAAUUCUCUGGACUUCAUAUGCCUCUUGACAUGGGGUCGGCCCAGUUAGCUCCAUCAACACAUUUGUUGCAAGCACAACGCCUCUCCGUGAGUGCAGCCACUGCCGCUAUCACUGCCGACCCCAACUUCACUGCAGCUCUUGCAGCCGCCAUCACCUCCAUCAUUGGUGGUGCCAAUUCAAACAACAACAAUGUCGGUAACAACGUCGACACCACAACCACUAACAGUACCACCAACAUCACAAGCAACAACAACAACAAGACGUAACGUACUAGCGCGCAGCUUUUUGGAGAAUUGAACCAUAUAUCUAAUUAAUCUUUUUCUUUGUUGCGUGUUAUCCUUUUUAACAUGCUGUCAGUUGUUUUUGGUUUCUUCGACAUUGUGGGUGAGGAUGAGAUUCCGUGUUCUUUUUUUUGUUCCUUUUCCUUUAGUGGUAAUUACAUAGGAAUGUUUAGAACACAAAAUAAUUUUUUUUUUGUUUCACUUGAAUGUUCUUGUUCAAAUUUUCAGUAAAUACACGAAAAAAGAAAAAUAGACACAGUGCAUUACCUUUUUUAUUGGUUUA